CCCGUUCGGCCGUCAUCGCUGCUUUUCGCCGCGCUCUCGAGGAGCUCAACCGUCUGAGCACUGUCAGUACGGGAGAGGCCGCUGCACCCCUGGACAUCAGCUGGCUCGAUGACAUCAGCCCCCACGGCUGCAAUCGUCCUCAGACGCGCCACCGCAGCAGCAGAGCCAGGCCCAAGCCCAUGCCGCCCUCGUCUAUGUCUGAGGGCCCCAGUGACCGUCCACUUGACAAUGAUGACCCCAUGCCGCCCCACAUUCAGCGCCGGCGCCGCCACAGAGGCAGGUCCGCACGUCGUGUCAGUGAGAGGCCGAUGGCCGGUCUGGGGAGUGGGGAGCCCAGCCAUCGCCCGGGCAGCAGGAGUGACAGUCAGGAUGAACUCAUGCCGCCUCCCAUUCGACCCACAUCGGAGGCGCAUCGCCGUCGUGAGGGCGAGGAGCUGUCACAUCGACCGGGGGCCAGACGCCGUCGCGACAGGUCCGGCGGCGGGAAGGAAAGAAUUGUGUCGGCGAAGCUGAGUGAAGGGGGCGGCCAUGCUCUGGCAGCCAGCCUGGUGGAGCAGGCAAGGCGACAGCUGGCCGACGCAAACCAAGACGAUGCCGACAGGUGGGCAGAACGAUGUACUCUGAUGGAAUGGGCCCCUGAUUUCCCUUCAUGAUGUGUGCUACACUCAGUGUCGGUCUCGAGUGGCGCGGCGAGGAGGGCAGCUUUGUGGCUUACCGACCAGACGGCGGAGAGGGGCCCGAGCAGCGUGUCUUCAUGUGCCUGACGUGA